AUUGGAAAAGGAACUUUUCCUGAAAGUUUUCUUUCUCGGAAAAUUUUUUUUCCAUACUUUUUCGGGGAGGAAGGAAGUAAAAAGUCGAAGGACUAAACUGAAAUCCCGCGAAAGUUGAGGUACUUGCAGUGCAAUUUGCCCUAAGAAGAAGCAACGCGAACACACCUGUUGGAGAGUGGUUCGGCGAGAGGGGCGGCGCGGCGAUGGCGGCGGCGGAGAUCGAGUACGUGAGCUACGGGGGGGAGCACCACCUCCCCCUCGUCAUGUCCCUCGUCGACGACGAGCUCAGCGAGCCCUACUCCAUCUUCACCUACCGCUACUUCGUCUACCUGUGGCCUCACCUCACCUUCCUCGCGUUCCACAAGGGGAAGUGCGUGGGCACGGUGGUGUGCAAGAUGGGGGAUCAUCGCGGCACCUUCCGAGGCUACAUCGCCAUGCUCGUCGUCAUCAAAUCCUACCGAGGCCGAGGAAUCGCUACUGAACUUGUUACCAGAUCUAUUAGAGUGAUGAUGGAAUCUGGUUGUGAGGAGGUAACACUGGAAGCAGAAGUCACAAACAAGGGCGCCCUAGCACUAUAUGGGCGCCUAGGGUUCAUUCGAGCUAAGAGGUUGUAUAGAUACUACUUGAAUGGUGUCGAUGCUUUCCGCCUGAAGCUACUCUUCCCCCGCCCCGACCCUGCGCUGCUUUCUGCAAACAAAGAUGGAAGGCAUAAACAACACGCCGAGAACUCGGCGGAAUCCUCUCCAAUUUACAUUUGAUUGAAGGUAAUUUAAAAUUCGACCCUUUUGGUCCUCGUGUUUCACAGCGAAGUUAUGAUUUGGAUGCUUGCAAUUUGUAUCUAUAGAAGUCUUAAAGUGAAUGAUUCCCUAAUUUAGCAUUGAUCCCACAUUCAGGUUAAAAGGGCUGUGGUGGAUGGUCGUUUUGAUUGUUCUAUGUUUAGUUAAUUUUGGUGUGUAUAAUUGUCUUGUGACAGUGUACAUUUUUUCUGCAGUGCAGCGAACAACUGUUUUUUCUGUUUUUUUUUGAAAGGAAAAGAUUAUGUAUUUA